CGCAGUAGGGGGUGCGGGGCUGUGGGCUGGAGGCCUGAGUGCUGUGCUCUGGGGUGCCGGCUCGCCUCCGCCUUCCUCCUCGCGGCAGCCUCCGUGCCCUGCGCCGCCGUCCCACCGGGGGCUCCACCGCCCUCUCCUCGGCCUCACCAGCCCGCCGGCCGGGCGCUCGGCGGCUCCUCCGUGAGCCCGCCGGGAACUCGCACCCCUCGCGCUCCCCUGGCUCCCGAGGGGGCCGCCUCGGGCCAUGGUGCCCUUCCCCGAGGAGCCCGCCGCCGCGCGGGGGACGAGCGAGGCGCAGCCGCCGGGCCCCGCGCCCACCGGGGCAGCUCCGCUGCCGGGCCCGGGACCCUCGGACGGCCCCGAGGCGGUCGUCGAGAAGGUGGAGGUAGAGCUGGCGGGACCGGCGGGCGCUGAGCCCCCUCAGCCUCCCGAGGGCGGCUGGGGCUGGCUGGUGAUGCUGGCGGCCAUGUGGUGCAACGGGUCGGUGUUCGGCAUCCAGAACGCCUGCGGGGUGCUCUUCGUGUCCAUGCUGAAGACCUUUGGGUCCACGGACGAUGACAAGAUGGUCUUCAAGACAGCAUGGGUAAGUUCUCUGUCCAUGGGGAUGAUUUUCUUUUGCUGCCCAAUAGCCAGCGUCUUCACAGACAUGUUUGGUUGUCAGAAGACAGCUGUCGUGGGUGCUGCUGUUGGAUUCAUUGGACUCCUGUCCAGUUCUUUUGUAAGCUCCAUCGAGCCUCUGUACCUUACCUAUGGAAUCAUAUUUGCUUGUGGCUGCUCCUUUGCAUACCAGCCUUCGCUGGUCAUUUUGGGACACUAUUUCAAGAAGCGCCUUGGACUGGUGAAUGGCAUUGUCACCGCUGGCAGCAGCAUCUUCACAAUUUUGCUGCCUUUCCUUUUAAGGGUUCUGACCGACACCGUGGGCCUCUUUCACACACUGAGGGUCCUCUGCAUCUUCAUGUUUGUUCUCUUUCUGGCUAGCUUUACGUACCGACCUCUUGCUCCAAGUGCCAAAGAUAAAGAGGGUGGAACCAAAGGAGGCAACAACAGAUUCUCCCUCUUUUCCAGGAGGAAGUUUAGUCCUCCAAAAAAAUUUUUCAAUUUUGCCCUCUUCAAGGUGACAGCUUAUGCGGUUUGGGCAGUUGGAAUACCGCUUGCACUUUUCGGAUACUUUGUGCCUUAUGUUCACUUGAUGAAAUAUGUGAAUGAAAGAUUUCAAGAUGGAAAAAAUAAAGAGGUGGUUCUCAUGUGCAUUGGCAUCACUUCAGGAGUCGGACGGCUGCUCUUUGGCCGGAUCGCAGAUUAUAUGCCUGGUGUGAAGAAGGUUUAUCUUCAGGUACUCUCCUUUUUCUUCAUUGGUCUGAUGUCCAUGAUGAUUCCCCUGUGUGGUGUCUUUGGGGCCCUCAUUGCUGUCUGUCUCAUCAUGGGUCUCUUCGAUGGAUGCUUCAUUUCCAUUAUGGCUCCCAUUGCCUUUGAGUUAGUUGGUGCCCAGGAUGUUUCUCAAGCAAUUGGAUUUCUACUUGGAUUCAUGUCUAUACCCAUGACUGUGGGCCCACCUAUUGCAGGGUUACUUCGUGACAAGCUGGGCUCCUACGAUGUGGCAUUCUACCUCGCUGGAAUCCCUCCCCUUAUUGGAGGUGCUGUCCUUUGUUUUAUCCCAUGGAUCCACAGUAAGAAGCAAAGAGAGAUUGGUGAAACCACUGGAGGAGAAAAGAUGGAGAAAAUGUUGGAGAACCAGAACUCUCUGCUGUCAAGCUCACCUGGAAUCUUUAAGAAAGAAUCUGACUCUGUUAUUUAAUGUCUUAUAUACCUCCACCAGACUGGACUUGCUUUCGGAAGUUUAAGCAAGUUUCCCUUUUAUAUGAAUUGCAAAUUUCCUAUUUUUUUAAUUACAUCUUAAGAAUAGCACAAUAAUUGGGAAAUAGAACCCUUAUUACUACAAGAACCAUUUCUGCCACAGAAUAGCUAGCUGUUUGGUAUUUCCAUGAGUUUGGGGGCAGAGACUAUGGUAUAUGAAAACAUGUCUGAAAGUCAAAUAUUAAGAGAAUUGAAGCUAUUCCAAAGCAACUUUGGAAACUGUGAAUGCUAAUAAGCUUAUACAAAUAUUUAAAAAUACCUCGGGGCGCCUGGGUGGCUCAGUUGGUUGAGCGUCCGACUUCGUUCGGCUCAGGUCGUGUUCUUGCUGUUCGUGGGUUCAAGCCCCGCGUCAGGCUCUGUGCUGACAGCUCAGAGCCUGGAGCCUGCUUCGGAUUCUGUGUCUCCCUCUCUCUGCUCCUCCCCUGCUUGCACUCUGUCUCUCUCUCUGUCUCUCUCUCUCUCAAAAAUAAAUAAAUGUUUUUAAAAAAUUAAAAAAAAAUACCUCACGCUAUACUGAAAGGGUUGCAAUUUGGUUAGGACUGGAAAUAACGUUUAUCUUCUCACAUGGUGUUUUUAGUUCUGGUAUCUCUGUUUUAAUUUCUUCUGCUAUUUGGAAACUUUUUACCUUUAAGCCUGGAUUCUAGAUAAUGUCAGACCUACCUAAACCUCAAGUCUAUGUUAAAGUUGCUUGCCUGCCUUUAAGUAAGAUAUGAAAUUAAGUUAUCCUGACUUGCUUCAGUGUCAAGGGAACUUCUUGGUGCUGAUGGUAACACUGUGUUCAGAUUCAGUAUAUGUGAGAUGAAAAGGAUCCUGUUCAUUAGGGCAGAGCAAUUUGGAAAUCAGGCGCUUCUUCCACUUACUUUUUGUUCUCUUUUGGUUUGCAGUAUGUUUUACUCAGGUAGCCAGAAACACCCCAAAUUUCUGAAAUUGUUUAAAUUUUAACAAUAAAGUAAAAUAGAAUGAAUGAAAGAGAUUCUGGCAGUUUUAACAUAGAAUUUUUCUGGCUUCUGACUUUGUUGGCACUAGACUUGACAUUUCAGCAGAGUCUUACCGAGCAUGUUAUCAAGUUGCAGUUUCAGGUGCAAAUGGUGAAAAAAAUCUUUUAAUCAUGCAGAAGGUAUUUCUGAUGGAAAUAAUUGCUCAAAUUGGUUUAUAAAAUUAAUGGGUCUUGGAAGGUUAAAAGCACUUAUAAAGAGAAAUAACUUCUGUAUUUCUCAAACUUUCUGGCAAAAAUUUGCACUCAUCAGUAUUUAUCCUAGCAUGCUCCCCAUUAACAUUCCCAAUAUUUUUUCUAUUUAUACAAAAACACUUGUAUGAAAGCUAUUAAAGUUUUAAGGACCUAAAAAUUAAAACCGAAGUCAUGCCAUGACCUAUACUCGUCUACAAAAAACUAAGAACAAUUUCCUCAUACUACAUGUUUCUUAUUUAUGUCUUUGAAAAUUAAUAAUAUGCAAAGUAUAUUUAAUUCCUAAGUAUAAAUGUGUAUUAGAGCUUCCUCAAACGUAGCUUGUUCACUUGGGAAGAAUGCUGUCUUUUUCUAAAGCACCUUCAGGAUCCAUAGGUUUCUAACUUCUCUGGAUGGACAGAAACUUAAUCUAUUAUCUCCCUGCUUUUCUUUUCAGCUUCUAUUGUUUCUUUGCCUCUAGCUGAGGAUAUAGGUACCUGAAGAGCAUAUGAAUUUGUAGUUGUUGAUGGGGGUGGGGCAGGGCACACAGGGGGCUGGAGGGAAGCGAGGCAGUUAAUUAAACAGCUAGAAAAACCCAAAAGUUCAAAGUAGGAAUGCUGAAUGCGGAAUUUAUUUUUAAUAGGAUUUUAAGUGGUUUUUUUUUUAUUGUGAAGACAUCACUUAGCCAUUUACUACAUACACAUGGUUGCAACUUCCAGUACUUCUAUAUUUCAUAUUUAGGAAACGUGGGUAAUUUGUUUUUUGGAAGGUUCUGUUGCUUAAAAGAACAACUAUAUUUUGACCAUACUGCCCUUUCAUAUUCUUAUUUUAAAGCUUUUAGAAAAUGACUUAGAAAUGAUAAUGUAAGAUAUUAUCGGAUUCAUUUAUUCACACCCAAUUACAUAAAACAUUAUUUCCUCAUUAUUAUCAGUACUUUAGAGAACAUACAACUAAGAUCAAUCAUCAAACUUGCCAUUAUAAAAAAAUUUUUUUGAUAGUUUUAGCAUAGACUCCUAAGACUGCCUCACCCCCUUUUUACAGAAAGAAUUCUAAAAGAGAAAAUUUGCUCUGUAAAGACCUCCAAAAUGUUUUCCCUUUCAAAAUUUGGCUGAUUUUAGAAAGAAAAAAAAAGUAACAAUCUGACUUGCUCUUGCUUGGUUAGUUUCCAUAAUAAAAGAGCAAAGUGACUGAAGUAUUAAUAGUAUUUAGUAUAGUAUUUAGAUCUCAGAAUAUUUUGUGUACAAUAUUACACAUAUGCAGCUUUCAGUCUAAUGGAAUGAAUUAAAUGGGAUCUAUGAUACUGAAAGAGCUCCACUAUAAUAGACUGUUAUGGGGAGGUCUGUGCUGUAAUAAUAUAAAGUUAAAAAGUAUAAACGAUGCUGAAUUCUAUAAAAUGCAUAUUUCAUAACAUAUGUUGUUUGGUACAAAAAGUUCUAGAAGUCUGAAGUUUAAAGAUAAAAUGAAAAAUACUAAUAUUCAUAAGGAUUUGUGUUUUAGACAAGAAAUAGUACCAUAAUCUUUCAAAGUAAAUCCUUUGUAAUCUCUGAACAGAGUGUUACUAUUGCAAUAAAGUGACUCGAUGGGCCUAAAUUUUUUGGUUCAAUCCAGACACUUUUUUGAGAGGAAAAGAAUAGAGUCAGAACUCUGCUUUCUAUCUCAUCAUCCUAAUUCUGAUAAAACUCGGCAAAUUCUCAAAUUCAAAGGUUCUGGUAUUUGAGGCCAACAACAUAAAGGGAGCAACUAUUUGCUCCCUUUACAGAGACUCUGGAUCAGGUACUAUUGCCUAUGGAUCUUCCAGAAACAUUGCAGUUAAAUUUUACUGCGGUAGACAUUAUUAGGAUCCAUCCAUUUCAGUAGUAAUAAACCACCCAGAUCGAUACUUUAUUCAAAAUUUAUAAAUUUCUUUGAUCCCAGUUAAAAUCCUUAGUCUACAGUCCUACGACAAGACUUGUAAUAUCCACUGGAAAUUGCAUCAUGCUUGCAUUAAGCUUCAAAUUCUAUCCGUAAAUAGAAACAAGACUUCAUUUGUACUUCCUGAUCCAUUGUAUCUGUUUAUACAUGUUUGCAGAAGAUCCCCUCCCAAGUAUGAAGAAAACCUUAACUCUGUUGGCUUCAACUUUCCACACUUUUAAAGUAAAUGUACACCUAAUUGUAAAUAAACAUAGGUUUGUCUUUACUUAUGGUAAUUCUAAUCCUUUCAACUGCAUUUAAGAAUAUUUUAAUUUGUACCAUUGUUAUUUACAAACCACUUCAUGUCCAAAUGACUUUUGUGCUUAAGUGAAUAGAAAACUGAAUAGAAAAUGCGAUUAGGGGUAGGCAACCUCCAGCAUGGGUGGCAUAAGGGAAGUUCCUGGCCAUGCACUUUUCCACCCUUUUUUUUUUUUUAAUAUUUAUCCAUUUUUGAGGUGGGGGGGAGGGACAGAGAAUCUGAAGUGAGCUCCCUGCUGACAAGCAGAGAGCCUGAUGUGGGGGUGGGGCUUGAACCCACAGACCUCAAGAUCAUGACCUGAGCUGAAGUCGGAUGCUUAACCAACUGAGCCACCAAGGCACCCCCCUACCCUUUCUUAGGCCUCAUUUGUUUAUUCUUCCUAUUAUCUUUAUCCUUAUCAUUCUUUCCCCCUUUACUUCCCUCUGUCUUUCAAAAACCUGCUCAAGAGUCCAUUGACAUCCUUGCUUAGUUCCACUGGCUGUUUAGUUGCACUACUUACUGGUCCCUAUGGCUUCACAGGAUGAAAUCGCAUCCAGCUUCACGUCACCUGUCACCUGGUAGAAUAGCUUGCUCUCAGCCUUCAACUUAGAGUUCUAUUGGUCUCCAUUGAAAAAAUUGUUUAAUUGUGUGGUUAAAAUUUGGGGAGGAAGUGAUAGGUGUUAUAUAUUUGGCAUCUUUUGUGCUAAUAUAUAAAACUUUAUUUAAAUGUUUAAUGCUUUCAGAGAAAAGAUCGUCAAAUUCUCAAAUAUUUUCAGAGAGCAUAAUUUUUUACUUUGAUUUUCAUAUUCCAUUGAGAGCACAUCGUGGAGGAUGCUGUGGAAUGUAGUGGCCUCUCAGAGACGGCUCCUAAUGAAAUCUGCUGCAGGCUGAUACUUUAUGGUAAAGGGUGUUAAAUUCCCAGAGUCUAGAGGUACAAGUGGAAAGGAUAAGUUAAUUAGCUCUAAUUAAAAAAAUAGGUAAAAAGGGAUGCCCUGUAAACAGGGUGGUUCAGUCAGUUAAUCCGCCUCUUGGUUUCAGCUCAGGUCAUGCAUGAUCUUGCAGUUCAUAGGAUUGAGCCCAGCAUCAGGUUCUGUGCUGACAGUGAAGAGCCUGCUUGGGAUUCUCUCUCUCCCUCUGCCUGCCCCCCACCUCUUUCUCAAAAUAAAUAAAAUAAACUUUAAAAAACAAUGUAAACAAUCAGGGGCGCCUGGGUGGCUCCGUUGGUUGAGCGUCCAACUUCAGCUCAGAUCACGAUCUCACAAUUUGUGAGUUCGAGCUCUGUGCUGACAGCUCAGAGCCUGGAGCCUGCUUUGGAUUCUGUGUCUCCCUCUCUCUCUGUUCCUCCCCCACUCACAAUCUGUCUUUCUCUCUCUC